CUGAGCAAAAUGGAAUCCAUAUGCAGAAGAAGGUUAUAUCUUCAGCUGGGUUGCCUCUUGAUAGUGAAUUUAGUUUAUGGCAACCUAGAAGAUCAAAAAGAAAUUCCUGCCUCUCUGGGAGAAGUUGAUCAUCAGUGCUGGGAAAUGUCCUCUCAUAGGCUGAUGCAGAUGAAGAAACUCAGAGUGGCAGGCACAGUUAUUGCUCUCUGGGAAUUCAUGAUGUUCUUAAAAGAGUCGUCCAAACCCAAGCAUAAUGAUGUCUUCAAUGAUUUAGCUCAGAACUUUUGGGAUAUUUAUAUUGACUGUGUACUCUCAAGGUCUCAUGGAAUGGGCAGGAGACAAUUAGUAUCCAAGAAAACACUUACAUAUGGACAGAAAUCCUUAGAAGGUUUCAUGAACCCUAAGCACAAAGCAAAGAGGCAAAUUUAG